AUGUAUCUAGUGUUACUGGCAAACAAUUUGGUAUCUUUGGUAGAACGAUUAAUUAAAUCAUGGCUUCAAGAAUAUAAAAUUUUACGUUACAAAUCUGGCAUAGAAGUCGUCGAAACAGAAAAAGAUCUUUUGAGUCACAACAUAUUUGAUCUUACGGAAGAAUCAAAAGCCUCUAAGAUUAAAAAAUUUAAAACACAAAAUUUGGAAAAACAAAAAGGUUUGGAAGCGAGAAACAAAUGGACAUUAUUGCAAAGUCCAAAUUCACACAAACAAGAAGCUUCUAUAAUUGAUCAUGAUUAUGGUAACAUAACAAAAAUUGUAGAAGAAACAAUUGUAUCUGAUGCAGAGACAAAUCAAAUUAAUUUGGAGUUUAUCACCAUGGAAGAGGACACAUGUCCCAUAAGAUCGAGAAAAAGGAAAAUAAACAGCCAAAAACAAGGUUUAGAAUAUUUACACCAGUAUGACAUAAAACAAUUUGAGUUGAAGAAAAAGAAUUAG